AUGAAGUACGCGUCUUUCAUCGCCGCGGCUGCGGCUGCGCUCGCCAGCGCUGUUAGCGCCGCCGGCGUUUCUGGUGCUGCUGAGGGUUUCGCCCAGGGCGUCACUGGUGGUGGCAGCGCUACCCCCGUUUACCCUUCCACUACCGAUGAGCUGGUCUCAUACCUCGGUGAUAGCCAGCCGCGCGUUAUCAUCCUCACCAAGACCUUCGACUUCACCAACACCGAGGGCACCGAGACGAGCUCGGGCUGCGCUCCCUGGGGUACUGCCUCCGGUUGCCAGCUUGCCAUCAACAAGGACAACUGGUGCAACAACUACGAGCCUAACGCUCCUAAAGUGAGCAGCAUCACCUACAAUAAGGCCGGUGUUCUUGGUAUCACCAUCAACUCCAACAAGUCCCUCGUCGGUCAGGGUAGUGCCGGUGUCAUCAAGGGCCGUGGUCUCCGUAUCGUCAGUGGCGCCAAGAACGUCAUCAUCCAGAACGUUGCUAUCACUGACAUCAACCCCCAGUACGUCUGGGGCGGUGAUGCCAUCACUCUGAACGAGGCCGACCUUGUCUGGAUCGACCACGUUACCACUGCCCGUAUCGCCCGUCAGCACAUUGUCCUCGGUACCCAGGCUGACAACCGUGUCACCAUCUCCAACUCCCUCAUCGACGGUCGCACCGACUACUCCGCUACCUGCAACGGCCACCACUACUGGGGUGUCUACCUGACCGGCUCCAACGACAUGGUUACCAUGAAGGGCAACUACUUCUACUACACCUCCGGCCGUAUGCCCAAGGUCCAGGGCAACACCCUCCUCCACGCCGUCAACAACUACUUCCACAACAUCGAGGGCCACGCCUUCGAGAUCGGUUCCGGUGGCUACGUCCUCGCCGAGGGUAACGCUUUCCAGAACGUCGACGCUCCCGUUGAGUCCCCCAUCAGCGGCCAGCUCUUCAGCGCCCCCGAUGCCACCACCAACGAGCAGUGCAAGUCCGUCUUUGGCCGUGCUUGCCAGAUCAACGCUUUCGGCAGCUCCGGCUCCUUCAGCCAGGCUGAUACCGCCGUCAUCUCGAAGUUCGCUGGCAAGAACAUCGCCGGUUCUCACCUUGCUCAGAACAUCCCCCGGUGGGUCAUGGCCAACGCUGGUCAGGGUAAGCUCUAG